CCUCUACCACCAGGGGUCACUGUUUCCCAGAACCACACCAACCAGGACCUCUGAAAACCUGGACCCAGCAGCAAGUCAGAGACCAGCGGGAGGUCUGAGACCAGGAGCAGGGGGUCUGAAACUAGUAGAGACCAGGAAGAAGUCUGUCUCUGGUCCCAGUCUACAGUUUUAGCCCCACCUAGUGGACACCAGCAGGCACUACAGCUGCUCUCUGCUGAUCUCUGAGGAUCUGAUGGUCUUCGUGAUGCACCCCAGGAGGGUUCAGAGGAAGACCAGUUUGAAACUCUUCAGUCAAUCUGAGAGUGUCUGAGCUGUGUUAAGUGUGUAUUGUGUAGUGCAGUAGUGUAGUGUAGCUGUGCAGCAGAUGUAGGAACACAGUGAGAGGGAGGAGAAAAUGACAGAGUGGAGGAGUGUCUGCUAGAGUGCUCACUGCGCUGCUCUCAGUCUGCGUCAGUCUGCCCGACUCACCGCUACUCUGCCUUCAUCUCACGGCGUCUCCCGGUGUCUCAGAGGAUGGAGCAGCUUCACUGUGGAUUACUGGUCUUAUUGUUUCUGCUUCAGGUCAACUGUUUACACUCAGUUUAUAUCACCGACAACACAGAUCGUCUCCGUGACGUUUUGAGUGACUUCGCCGUCCUUCGUCCAGUCAGGACAGACUCUGAGGGGCGCUUCCUGUCUUCCCUUGUCUCCGCCCACCACAUUCAUCGCACCAAAAGACACGCCCCUUCUGGAGAGGACACGCCCACCGCCCCAGAGAGUGACGUUGAGACCCUGCAGGCUCCGCCCACAUGGGAGUCCCCCUCCUCCGGUUCCAGUAGGGGUGGACAGAGUCACAGGGCGGCAGCACAGGAAGGGGCGGAGCUUUUCUAUAACGUGACAGCAUUUGGACAGGAACUCCAUCUGCGGCUGCUUCCCAACACGCGGCUCGUGGCUCCUGCCGCCACCAUGGAGUGGGAGGAGUCGGGACGUCAUCACUCUCAGCCGAUUGGAGACACCAGCUGUCUCUACACGGGAACGGUGUCCAACAUGGCGGACACCUCGGUCGCCAUCAGCAACUGUGAUGGGCUGGCUGGGAUGAUCCGGACAACUCAGGAAGAGUUUUUCAUUGAGCCGUUGGAUCGAUGGAGACCAGAGGGAGGGGGAGGGGGAGAAGGAGGAGGUGGAGAAGAGGAGGAAGGAGGACGACAGCACAUUAUUUAUCGCUCCUCAGCCAUUAUUAGGAGACAGACACCUGGCAGUCGAACUCAAGCCGUCAAUCAAACUGCUGAUGAUUUUGUCCGAGGCACUCUCCUGGGCUCCCUGGACCUUAACCAGAACGUGGUCUUGUCUGGAUCCGGCUCAGCUCGCAGGCGUCGUUACAUCGAGCAGGCCGAGCUCUUCAACAUCGAGGUGCUGCUGGCGGUGGAUUACUCGGUGCUGCUGUUCCACAGUCGAGAACACAUCCAGAAGUACCUGCUGACCCUCAUGAACAUCGUGAAUGAGAUCUACCAGGAUCACUCUCUGGGAGCAAACAUCAAUGUGGUUGUGGUCCGGAUCAUUGUUCUCUCUGCUGCCAAGUCUCUGGAGCUGAUCUCGGUUGGAGACGCUCAGAAGAGCCUGGAGAAGGUUUGUGGCUGGUCGUACCUCCAGCACAGAGAGCAGAGCCACGCAGAGCAACACGAUCACACCAUCUACCUGACCAGGCAGGAGUUCGGCCCCUCCGGCAUGCAGGGAUACGCUCCAGUUACUGGCAUGUGUCACCUUCAUCGGAGCUGCGUCCUCGUCUUGGAGGACGGCUUCACGUCAGCCUUCGUAGCUGCACAUGAAACAGGACACGUGUUGGGUAUGGAGCACGACGGCGAGGCGAAUGACUGUGCUGACGACGUGCCGUUGGGCAGCAUCAUGUCUCCGCGGGUUCAGGCCACUUUCAGCCGGUACCACUGGUCCCGGUGCAGCUGGAGGGAGCUUCACCAGUACCUGCACACCUACGACUGUCUCCGUGACGACCCCUUCAACCACGACUGGCCGGCUCAGCCUCAGCUGCCAGGCUUCCAGUACUCCAUGGACCAACAGUGCCGCUUCGACUUUGGACCACUCUACAGUCUGUGUACUGCGUACCCCAACCCUGACCCCUGCAAACAGCUGUGGUGCAGCGAAUACAGCAACCCCUUCUACUGCAAGACCAAGAAAGGCCCCCCGCUCGACGGCACCAAGUGUGGACCCGGGAAGCACUGUUUUAAAGGAUUCUGCCUGAAGCUAACCCCAGACAUGCUGAGGCAGGAUGGCGGUUGGGGGACGUGGAGCUCAUAUGGCCCCUGCUCUCGAACCUGUGGCGGUGGGGUCAGGUUCAGGGCCCGUCGCUGUGACAACCCUCCUCCAGCCAACGGGGGGCGCACCUGCUUCGGAAACAGUUACGAGUUCCAGCUGUGCAGCCAAGAGGACUGCCCCCCUCUUACCGAUUUCAGGGAGGACCAGUGUCAAGUCUGGAAUCCUUUCUUCGAACACGAAGGAAAGAAACAUCACUGGCUGCCUUACCAACACCCAGACCAUGAUGAGCGUUGUCGCCUGUACUGUCGGUCCAAGGAGACAGCGGCGGUGGUGUCGAUGAACAGAAUGGUGCAUGAUGGGACGCCAUGUUCGUAUGGUGACAGCUUCAGCGUGUGCGUCAGAGGAGAGUGUGAGCAUGUGGGCUGUGAUGGGCAGAUUGCUUCAGACCUGCAGGAGGAUCGAUGUGGAGUGUGUGGAGGAGAUAACUCCAGCUGCAAGAUCAUCAAAGGAAACUUCACUCGCAGCACCAAGAAGCAAGGAUUACUGAAAAUCUUGGAGAUCCCCAAAGGAGCACGGCACCUGUUCAUCCAGGAGUCUAAAGGAACUUCUCACAUCCUGGCAAUGAAGAACCUGGAGACAGGCAACGUUUUCCUGAACAGUGAGGAGGAGGAGCUCCCAGAAUUCUCUGAUGUGAUCGAGAAAGGUGUGUUCUGGGAGUACGGCAACUCAGAUGAUUUUGAAUUCAUCAAGACCACCGGACCGCUUAAAUAUGACACCCUGCUCAUGGUCCGUUCCCAUGGUGACUCCAAGGUGACAGUGUCCUACAGGUACGUCCUCCAGGAACGCCUCCGAUCCUCUUUGGAGUCUAACCUGGUGCAGGAGGAUGCCAUCUUCUAUGAGUGGGCACUGAAGAGAUGGUCAAGCUGCUCAAAGCAGUGUGGAGGAGGGAAACAGUACACCCGGUUCGGCUGCAGGAGAAAAGCCGACGGGAAAAUGGUCCACAGGACAUUCUGCUUCAACAUCCACAAACCGAGAGCCAUCAGCAGAACCUGCAACACCCAGGCCUGCCUGUCACCACGGUGGCACACCAAAGACUGGCAGCCUUGCAGCGCCACCUGUGGUCACAAUGGGUGGCAGCGCCGCUGGGUGAGCUGUCAGCAGGAGUCCAGCAGGGGGCAGCAGCGUUCCGUGAACAGCAAACUCUGCACUGACGAACGACCUCCUGCCAAACGUACCUGUAACCGCAUCCCCUGCCCUCCCACCUGGAGAGCCGGGCCCUGGACCCCGUGUUCGGUCUCAUGUGGUAACGGAACUCGGGAGCGUCAGGUCGUCUGUUCACGUCCUGGAGGUUCCAUGGGAAACUGCAGUGAGCCUCGACCAAUCACAACGCACAGCUGCCAAGCUCCACCCUGCAGUGGCGACCAGAAGAGUGCCAUCAUCCAGUGGCUCUCCAGGUCCAACCCCGACUUCCCUGCAGCCCGGAUCUCCAGCAAGCGUUGCCGAGGCGAUCGCUCAGUCUUCUGUAGGAUGGAGGUGUUGAGUCGGUACUGUUCGAUUCCCGGAUACAGACAGAUGUGCUGCAAGUCCUGCAGCCAAGGGAACUUCAGCAACCCUGUGAACCAGAGCAGCGUGGCUCCGCCCACAGAGAGCAGCGUUGCUCCGCCCACAGAGAGCAGUGUGGUCACGGCCACAGAGACGAGUGUGAUCCCACCAACAGAAAGCCAUGUGGCCACGCCCACAGAGGGCAGUGUGGCGCCGCCCACAGAGAGCAGCAGUUCCUGGAGUUUGAGCACAGACCCGAGGAUGUCAGCGUCCUCUUCUUCUUCCUGGUCUGACAGCAGAUAUGACAUCAUUGAUGAUGUCACUAGCACGCCACCCCGAACUUUUCCUGUGACUCCGCCCCCAACCAGAGACACCAGCACGGACUUCGUGUACGUGGAGUACGACGAUUAUGAUGACUACUUGUCUUUUGAGGAGUCAUCCGGUAGCUUAGGAAGUGUUACCACUACAACCACUACGACUACUACAACUACUACGACGACUACCAGGCAUGCCCGAAAAACUGCUCUCCCACAUUUAUUCAGAAACCAAUCCCCCACAAUCCCUCCUGUCACAGUUUCUAUGGUAACUAGUCCAACGGAGGCACCAUUCAGGACGUCCACAUCCAUCAUUACUGCCACGUCAUCAGGAGGGAAGAUCCUCCAAGUCUCGACCAACCACAGCCACAAAGACCAGGCGGUGGCGGGGUCCUCGCCGUCCUUCUUCCCGUUGGUGAAGAAGGACAACAACUCGGUGGACGAGGUGCCAUAUCAGAUCGUGGGUUUGGACGGCGAGGUGGGUCGGAGCCAGCAGAACUACUUUGUGCCGCGGAUGCCCCGAAUCCGCGAGCGAACACACAACAAGCGUAUCCAGCAGCUUCUGAACGAGAAGCGGCGGCAGGACGUCCUGAAGAGGCCGAGGCGGACUGACCGCUCACCGGCUCGCUGAUGCAACGCUAACGAACUGUGAAGAGGGAGGGACUGAGAGGGCUUCAGCUUUGUGUCCACAGGUUUUCUUCAUGUCUGUACCCAAUAAUCUUGUUUCUGAAUCAAAUAAAGUCUCAUCCAGCUCUGAUGUCACUCUGACUCAUCCACAUCUGGAUCACAUCAGGUUCGGCUCGCAGAGAACAGUCUGUUUCUGACUCCAGCUGCCCCAAAACACC